CACUCAUUUGAUUUUGUUAACACAGUUCCUUUCCAUUACGGAGCCCGCCAAACCUCAACUGAAGGGGCAAACCUAUAAAAGCCAAAAAUAAAAAUAAAAAAUAAAAAUAAAAAUAAAAGUUCUUCCAUUAGAGCAACAGCAGUAGUACUUCACUUCAAAUCUUCAAUACAGCAAAAAAGUGGGAAAAAAACACAGAAAAGAGGAGAAGAAGAAAGAGUCAGAUGAAUGGAUAGAGUAACAGUAGCAAACGAUUUGUCGUUUCGGGUCGGGCUCACGGGCCAUAGCGGCCAUCUUUGCAUCCAACCUCUCCCUCCCGUUGAAGCCGACAAUCCUCUCCGCGACCUCCCUGAAUUUGUUCUUCCACCUGCAUUUCCCGAGGAAACAAAAGAUUCUAUUAAGGAAUAUAUAGAGGACAAGUAUUUAACACCAAGAUUGGACCUCCAUGAGUUCUCUCCUGAAAAAGCUGGUAGGGACUGGGAUUUUGACUGGUUCAGCAAGGCCAAAAUACCUGUGGAGCCAUCAUUAGCACGGACAGCUGUGUUUCCUGAGUGGGAGCUACCAUUUAGGCGCAAAAAAGGACAAGAGCAAGGAAUAUGGGAGCCUCAGUCAGUGCAGGUGGAGAUAUCGGAAUUAACUGCAGGAGUAGAAGACUCUAGUGCUUUGCCACGAAUUACAGGGCCUGCAAAGGACUUUGUGAGGGGGAGCCUUCACAGUCGCCCUUUUCAUCCAGGUGGGUUAGAUGGAUCUCAGUCUUUACCAAGGGUUGUUCCUGAUGGUUCUUUGAAUGGUGACUGGACUCGUGAGGUUCUUGAGGGUGGUUCUGCAGAAAAGGCUCCUCCAAGCUUUAGGCAAGGAUUGGAUUUCGGCAAUCUCAAGGCAUAUCCUUCUUCGUGGAGUGUGAAUGAGUGCCAAGUUUUUCCAAAGGCUGUAUCAGAUGAGAAGCAGAGUACGAUGUCUCUGCAGUUUGAUGAUUUGUUCAAGAGAGCGUGGGAAAAUGAUUUUGCUGAAAACGACGAAUCUGAUGAUAAUGAAUCGGAAGCUGAGUGUAAGGAACCAGAAGCAGGGUGUAAUGAAUCUGAGAUACAAGUCAAUGAAGCUGAACUCGAAGGUGAUGUUGCGGAUGUUAACUUAUCGGAAUUAGAUCAAAUUCUAUCUGUGGAAUCUGCAGUGUUGGAUUUAAAGGUAGAUGUGAAGAUUGAAGAAGGUGACAAAGAGCGUAAAGAGUCCUGGGCUAUCCGUGAAAGCAACAAUAGUAUCGCAGAUCGUUUUCAUGAACUCGUUCCUGAUUUGGCUCUCGAGUUUCCGUUCGAAUUAGAUAGAUUCCAGAAGGAGGCUAUCUACUAUCUUGAACAAGGGGAAUCUGUUUUUGUGGCAGCUCAUACAUCAGCUGGAAAGACAGUUGUUGCUGAAUAUGCAUUUGCGUUGGCAUCAAAGCAUUGUACUAGAGCUGUAUACACAGCUCCAAUCAAGACAAUCAGCAAUCAGAAAUACAGAGAUUUCACUGGGAAAUUUGAUGUAGGUCUUCUAACUGGCGAUAUAAGCUUGAGGCCAGAGGCAUCCUGUCUCAUCAUGACUACUGAAAUAUUGAGGUCAAUGUUGUAUAGAGGUGCUGAUAUUAUCCGUGACAUUGAAUGGGUUAUAUUUGAUGAAGUGCAUUAUGUCAAUGAUGCUGAAAGAGGUGUUGUCUGGGAAGAAGUUAUAAUAAUGCUUCCUCGUCACAUUAAUUUCGUCCUCCUCUCCGCCACAGUUCCAAAUACAAUAGAAUUUGCUGACUGGAUCGGCAGAACAAAACAGAAGAUCAUCCGUGUAACUGGGACCACUAAGAGACCAGUCCCGUUGGAGCACUGCCUGUUUUACUCUGGAGAACUCUACAGAAUUUGCGAGAACGAAAUUUUUUUGACACAGGGCCUGAAAGCUGCUAAAGAUGCACACAAGAAAAAGAAUUCUAAUACUGGCAGAAGUGGCCCUACAGCGCAUUCAGGGUCUGCAGCGGGUUCUGGUGCAGCACAUGCUCAGAAUCAUGAAAAUUCUCAUCGUGGGAAACAAAAACAUUCUGUCAACUUCAGUGGGAGUGGGACUGGCUCAGGGAACUUUACAAUUGGAAGCCAAACCAACUUUGGCUUAAGACGAUCAGAUGCCUCUUUGUGGUUGCAACUUGUGAACAAGCUCUUAAAAAAAUCACUUUUACCUGUAAUCAUAUUUUGCUUUUCAAAGAACCGUUGUGAUAGAUCAGCUGAUAGUAUGACGAGUAUCGAUCUUACCAGUAGUUCGGAAAAGAGUGAAAUUCGUGUUUUCUGCGACAAAGCAUUUUCACGGCUGAAGGGGUCUGACCGAAAUUUACCUCAGAUUCUCAGAGUUCAAAGUCUUCUUCAUAGAGGAAUCGGUGUCCAUCAUGCUGGGCUUCUCCCAAUCGUGAAAGAAGUUAUAGAAAUGCUAUUCUGCCGUGGUGUAAUUAAGGUUCUGUUUUCAACGGAGACAUUUGCUAUGGGUGUCAAUGCUCCUGCCAGAACGGUCGUUUUUGAUACUCUGAGAAAGUUUGAUGGAAAGGAAUACAGGCAGAUAAUUCCAGGAGAAUAUACACAAAUGGCUGGUCGUGCUGGCAGAAGAGGGCUUGAUAAAUUUGGAACAGUUAUAAUAAUGUGCCGUGAUGAGAUUCUGGAAGAACGAGAUCUGAAACACGUCAUUGUUGGACAUCCCACCAGACUUGAAUCUCAGUUCCGACUAACUUAUAUUAUGAUUCUGCAUCUACUUCGUGUUGAAGAAUUGAAGGUAGAAGACAUGUUAAAAAGAAGUUUUGCUGAAUUUCAUUCUCAGAAGAAACUUCCUGAAAAGCAACAACUUCUGAUGGUAAAGCUUUCACAGCCCACAAAAACAAUAGAAUGUAUAAAGGGUGAACCAUCUAUUGAGGAAUAUCUUGAGAUGUAUACAGAGGCUGAGGGUUAUUCAAACCAGGUAACAGAGGGUGUCAUGCAGUCUCAUACCGCGCAGCAAUUUCUUGUGCCUGGAAGAUUGGUAGUAGUUAAAUCUCAAACGUUUCAGGAUCAUUUACUAGGGGUGGUAGUGAAAGCACCUUCAGCCAACUUGAAAAAGUACUUAAUUUUAGUGCUGAAACCUGAUUUACCUCCAACAAUGCAAUCCCCCGCUAGCAGUGGUGAGAUUCUUGACAUAGGGAGUAACAAAUCUGGAGAAGGCUUCUUUGUAUUACCCAAGGGUAAACGUGGUUUAGACGAUGAAUACUGUUCUUCUGUCACUGCUCGCAAGGGAUCUGGUGUAGUCAACAUAAAAUUGCCUUACCAGGGAGUGGCUGCUGGUGUGAACUAUGAGGUCAGAGAAGCAGACAGUAAAGAGUUCAUUUCCAUCUGCAAUUGCAAAAUAAAGAUUGACCAAGUUCGGCUUCUUGAAGACGUUAGCACUGCUGCCUAUUCAAAAACUGUUCAGCAAAUUUCUGAAAAGAAAUCCAAUGGGAGUAAAUAUCCUCCAGCUUUGGAUCCUAUAAAGGAUCUGAAGCUGAAAGAUGUGACCCUUGUUGAUGCAUACUAUAAAUGGAACAAGAUAUUGCAGAAUAUGUCUGAGAACAAGUGCCAUGGAUGUAUAAAGUUAGAUGAACAUAUGAAGUUAUUUAAGGAGAUAUUCAAGCACAGAGAGGAAGUCAAUGAGUUGAAGUUUCAAAUGUCUGACAAAGCACUUCAACAGAUGCCUGACUUUCAGGGGCGGAUAAACGUCCUGAAGGAAAUCGGUUGUAUAGAUGAUGACCUUGUGGUUCAGAUCAAAGGCCGUGUUGCUUGUGAAAUGAACUCCGGAGAGGAGCUUAUAUGCACUGAGUGUUUGUUUGAGAACCAGUUAGAGAACCUGGAACCAGAAGAAGCAGUUGCUGUAAUGUCUGCAUUUGUUUUUCAGCAGAAGAAUACUUCUGAGCCUUCUCUAACUCCCAAGCUAUCUGCUGCAGUACGGAGAUUAUAUGAUACAGCUAUCACACUGGGCCAGUUACAGGAAGGGUUUAAAAUCCCAGUUAACCCUGAGGAGUAUGCUCGAGAAAAUCUUAAGUUUGGUCUUGUUGAAGUGGUUUAUGAAUGGGCAAAGGGCACGGAAUUUGCUGAUAUUUGUGAGCUGACAGAUGUUCCUGAAGGCUUGAUAGUGAGGACCAUUGUUCGACUUGAUGAAACUUGUCGAGAAUUCAGAAAUGCUGCAGCUAUUAUGGGAAAUUCUGCUCUAUACAAGAAAAUGGAAGCUGCUUCAAAUGCCAUAAAACGUGAUAUCGUCUUUGCGGCUAGCUUGUACAUCACAGGAAUCUAACUCUGACAUGUCACAAAAGAAUUUUCUAAUGGGAUCUCCAAUGUGGCAGGUACAUGAAGGUACAUUAAGUAAAAGUAGGAUUAAUGACAUUGUUAGAAAACUCAUCCCUGUAUGUUACUGGUAAUGAGUGAUCAUCAUUCAUCACACUGGGAGAUCUGUAGAAAAUUUCAAUUAUGAUAAUUUUAUUGGAAUGUAGUCGUUUAAAAUUUCAGUUCAAUAUGAUGAACUUUAUUAAUAAUAGCUGUGUUAUUUGUGAAA